AUAGACUUGAACCAGUUUUUGCUUACGAACCACAUACCUGUGAUUUUGCAGAAAGAUAAACAAUUUUUAAAUGCAAUAGAGUGUACGGUUAAACAGAAAUGACGGAACCAACGAGCAAGACACCGGAUGCGGUUCCGGAAUCACCCGUAUCACUGCCCAUCGCCUCCCAAUCCAUGGAUACGGCGACCAUUGAAGAUUUCGACGAGGACAAACCGGCCAAGGGAAAGAAGAAAGCCAAGAAUCCAAAGGGUCGCCACUCGGAUUCCGACAUCGGCUCCGAACUGAAGAAGCUGGCCCAGCGCCGGAUCAACGUAGCCGGUGCUCCAAAAAUGCCACUUAAUGGCUACGUCCGCUUCAUGAACGAUCGACGCGAGGAACUGCGACGGGAGCAGCCACAACGUACUGCCCUGGAGCACACAAGGAUCAUCGGCGAGGAGUGGCAUCAGCUGCCCGAGGAGCGCAAGUUGCCCUACAUCGAGGCAGCCGCCAAGGACAAGGCCAUAUAUCAGGAGCAGUUGCAAAUGUUUCUCAAGGAACACCCCGAAAUUGUGGCCAACGAGUUGGCCAAAGCCAAGAAAGCCACAAAACUGGAUGGUUCGCCCAAGGAAAAGACGCCGAAGGGUGAAUCAGCCUUGGGCAAGGCGAAGAAGACCAAGGCAAAGCCGGUUAAGCGGCAGAGCGAGGAUCCGGAUGAUGUGCCUCUGGCCAAGGUGAAGCGUGCCCAGACACCACCGCCUCCCACACCGCCAGCGGCUCCAGUACAGCCCCCUCCCAGCAGCGUGCCACCUGCGACACCUGCACCACGACCGCUGCAGCCCGGCGAGAUACCCAUCUACACCAACGAGUUCAUCGAACACAAUCGCAGCACGGAGAAUGAGCUGAGGACGCUGCGCAAGGCCAAGACCGAUCUGGAGCAGCAGAACGCUGUGCUGGAACAGCACGUAGAUAAUACGAAAGCCGGGUACGCCAAGGUGAUGGGCGAGGUAACUGAGCUCAUGGAGGAGAACCAACGCCUGGAGACCUAUUUGCGCGCCUUGCGCCAGAAACUGGUCGCAGCUCUCGGCGGAAUCUCGAUGCCACCACUGGAGCCAAGUGGUCCCAGCGUUGGCAACAUUGACAAGUACAUCCGGCACUUAGCCGGGCUCGUCACUCAGCCAAGCAACGUCACUUUGAUUAAGGCACGAGAGGCGCUGCGUAAAGUGGACACCAGUAGCUUGCUAAAACCGUGAUUCAUAGUACAGUAUUCAUAGCGUUAAUAACUUCACCAUAAACAAUAGUCAUAGUCAUAGAACAAUAGUUAUCAAUGCCAAGGAUAUCAAAAGAGAAAACCGAAUAACAAUAAAAUAU